GUCAACCAAGAGUUCUGGAGGUCCACCAAGAGCCAUAGGGGUGACCAAGUGUGAUGGAGGUCAACCAAGAGCCAUAAAGGUCAACUAAGUGUGAUGGAGGUCUACCAAGAGUUCUGGAGAUCAACCAAGAGUUUUCAUGGUUGACCAAGAGUUUUGGAGGUCAACCAAGAGUCCUGGUGGUCAACCAAGAGUUGUGGAGGUCAACCAAAAGUUGUCGUGGUCGACCAAGAGUUCUGGAGGUCGACCUAAGGUCAUGGUGGUCAACCAAGAGUCCUGGAGGUCAACCAAGAGUUCUGGUGGUCAACCAAGAGUUGUCGUGGUUGACCAAGAGUUUUGGAGGUCCACCAAGAGCCAUAGGGGUCAACCAAAAGUUCUUGAGAUGCCUCCAGCCAACGAGAAGGUCCCAAAAAUCAGGAGAACGAAAUUUUGGGGCGUUCCUGAAGCUCUUGAGAUGCCUCCAACCAACGAGAAGGUCCCAAAAAUCAGGAGAACGAAAUUUUGGGGCUCUCCUGAAGCUCUUGAGAUGCCUCCAGCCAACGAGAAGGUCCCAAAAAUCAGGAGAACGAAAUUUUGGGGCUCUCCUGAAGCUCCUGAGAUGCCUCCAGCCAACCAGAAGGUCCCAAAAAUCAGGAGAACGAAAUUUCGGGGCGUUCCCGAAGCUCUUGAGAUGCCUCCAACCCUGAGGAACCCCCUGAGAUGAGACCUUGAGGGUCUCCCCGGCCUGGAGACCCCCCCCCAAACCCCCCCAUGGGCCCCUCCCCCAAUCCCCUCCCCCCCCACCCCAAAAUGGUUCCGCCCCUCCCCCCCCGCAGCGUUUUUGGGGCGUUUUCGGGUUUUUUUGGGAAUUUUGGGGUUUUGUAUUUUAAUUUAACGGCGGCGAAGCUCCGCCCACAAUAAACGGAGAGAUCUGA